UCCGACUGAGAUGCACUUGACUGGGCCGCGUCCCGGUGAAGUCACGGCUCUGCGUCCUGAACAGCUCACACAGUAACCGAGAGACUCUUCCAGGACCGACCUUCUGGAGCUACACACGUUUCUUCUUCUUUAAACUGUUGUUGUUGUUGUUGUUGUUGCGUCGGACGGGAUGGAGACGGGGCUGUACCUGCUCGCCUGCUUCUCGUUGGCCCGGGUCAGCUGGGGUCUCGGAGGAUACGGGGAGUCCGGUGUUCAGACGGGACAGAGGGCGGCCAGCAGGCACAGGAACUGGUGCGCCUACGUGGUGACACGCACCGUGAGCUGCGUGAUGGAGGACGGGGUGGAGACGUACAUCAAACCGGACUACCAGCGCUGCACCUGGGGCCAAUGUCCCCGAGUCGCCUACCGAACAUACAGGAGGCCGCGGUACAAGGUGGCUUACAAGAUGGUGACGGAAAUGGAGUGGAAGUGUUGCCACGGUUACUCCGGGGAGGACUGCCACAACGGGCCUAAGGGAACCGGCGACGCCCAAGCCAGUGGAGGGCGACCCCGCGUCACGCAGACGGGCCUCAACACAGGCGGCGGCCAAACAGGGGGGGGCCGAGGCGGGGACGGGGAGAAGAUCAAGCAGCUGGAAGAAACCAUCCGCGGUCUGGCCAAAGACCUGCACAACAUGCAGACCACCAUCCACGGCAUGAACCAGCGGCUGCCUGGUCUGAAUGGGGCUAUUGUCCCUGCUGACUCAGCUCAGCCACACAUGAAGGAAACCAUCAACAGCAUCCAGACCAAGCUGGACCAUCUCUACAACCGGACUCAGGUCCAUGACCAGACUCUGCUCAACAUCAACAACCACCUGGUGAACGGAGGGGGCAACGAGCUGGACGGAGAGGCCAGAGGAGGAGGAAGAGGAGGAGAAGAAGGAGGAGGAAGAAGAGGAGAAGGAGGAGAAGGAGGAGAAGGAGGAAACCAGCUCACCACCCUGAAGGAGGAGAUCCUGACGGAGCUGGAGAGAAGGGUGUCUCUGUCCUGCUCUUCAUGCCAGGCCGGCGUGGAGGACCUGAAGCGCCAGCAGCAAGAGGACAGGGAGCGCAUCCAGGGUCUGGAGAAGCUGAUCAGCUCCAUGGACCAGCACGUGAGGCAGAGCCUGGACGUCUCCCGCAGCGAGACCCAGCGCUCCCAGGCCUGCUGCAACACAGUCACCGAGCUGGAGAAGAAGCUGUCCACUCUAGAGGUCCGAGUCACCUCCACGGCCGACAGGUGCGACGUUGUGAAAGGCCGGCUGGACAAGGAGCUGGCCGGGACGGGCGGGGGGAAGGGCCGAGUGACAGAGGACAGGUUGACCGGCAGGCUCAGAGAACUGGAGAAGAAGGUGAAUAGCACAGUGAGGAAGACAGAGCAGAGGUGCACCAACACAGGGAACAACGUGAAGGACAGCGUCCAGAGAGACGUCACGCAGCUGCGCAACAUGGUCCUCAGCCGCCUUGACGAACACGGCUUCAAGAUCGGCAAGCUGGAACUGGACGUGGCCGUCCUCGGACACACGGUCACCGACCACAGCCGGCGUUUAGGUCAGCUGGGGAACAUCACAGCCUUCCUGGACAGAAGGCUGACGUCCACCGCAAACAUGUGUAACGAGACCUGCGGGCCCAACGGGAAAGGACGCAAGACGGACGACACGGUGAAAACCCUCGAGUGGAGAGUCGUGGCCAACCAAGAGGACAUCCAGAAGUUUAACACCAGGCUGAACGACCUGUCCGUGUCAGGGGACUCGCUGGUCGACAGAGUCAUCAACCUAACGGACGACCUCAAAAAGAUAAUCGCUGUGACGGGAGAGAGCGGCGAGCAUUUCAACCGGAUCGUCACGGAGGUCGAAACGUUGGGCCGCGAUCUGGAGGACUGUUCCAUUUGCGGCAGCGUGGAGGCCGACCUGCGCUCUCUUGCCAACUCCACCAGGAACGGCAUCGGCAAGUGCCAAACAGAACUGACAGAUCUGCGGAGUAAGGUUGACUCGGGAGAGUCGGCCUGCUCUCAGGUGUGCUCCAACCUUCAGGAGGAGGUCGGGCAGCUCAGAGAGGAUGUGGAGGAGUGCACGGGACAGUGUAAGGUCGACGUGAACGAUCUGAAGGAACGCCUGGACGGUCACGGCGUCCACAGCGGUAGAUUAGGGGGGGAUCUGAAGUCCAUCCAAGGACAGCUGGCCGGGGUCAUGGUCACAUUUAGCUCCAUCAAUGACACCCUGAAGGGCCUGGGGAGGACUGUGCAGACACAUGGGAACACACUCACUGAUCUGAGCAACACCAAGGACAACAUCAUCUCUGAGGUGGACGUCCUGCAGAAGGAACUGACCGAUCAUGUCGAUGACUCCAAGAUUCAGUUCGACAACGUGGGCAACGACAUCCAAAUACUGAGGAGCAACUACGCAAAGGAGGUCGGGGAGUGCUUGCGGUCCGCCGACGGCCUGGAGAGAAGACUCUCCAAGCUGGAGGGAGUGUGUGGGCGCCUGGACUCCUUUUCUGACAGCCUGGAGAAGAUCAGGAAGGGCCUGGAGCGACACGUGUCCGGGCUGUGGAGCUGCGUUAAUGGACUCAAUGUCACGGUGACGUCUCACGGAGAGCUCAUCCACGACAUCCAGUACGUGCAGCUGGAGGACGUCCACUCUGACAUACACAGACUGAACUCGUCUGUGGUGGACCUGGUGAAGGAGUUCCACAGUUUCAUCGAGCUGGACUUCAUGGGUCCACCUGGUCUGCCGGGCCCCCAUGGAGAGAGAGGCGAGCGGGGACCCAGGGUCCCGUCGGACCCCAAGGGAGGGUCAGGACCCCAGGGCAGGGAGGGCAAGCAGGGACUAGCUGGAGCCCCAGGUCUCAGAGGCGAACAGGGUCCUGCAGGGUCCGAUGCCCACGUGCCACGCCUCUUUUCCGCUGCGCUGACCCGCCCAAUGAGAAGCGCAGGGACCAUAGUGUUCAACGAGGUCUUCGUCAACGAAAAUAAGGUCUACAAUCCAAAACAGGGGUAUUUCACAGCUCCAGUGAGUGGGAAGUACUUCUUCAGCGCCAUCUUGACGGGCCAUAAGAACAUGAAGAUCGAGGCGGUGUUGUCCAAGUCCAACACGGGCGUGGCCCGAGUGGACUCGGCCGGGUACCAGCCCGAGGGCCUGGAGAAGCCCAUGGCGGGCAAGCACAUCCCCGGAGCUGUGGCCGUCUUCAACAUCAUCCUGCCAUAGGCCGGGGACACGGUCUGCAUCGACCUGGUCCACCGGCAAACUGGCGUUCUCCUCGAGCCGCUGACCAUCUUCAGCGGGACGCUGCUGUACGAGACCCGUCUGAUCGGAAUGCGCCGUCGAUGUAAUCGUUCUCAACCUGUACGCUGGUCUGGAAAGAGUACAGAGCCACUGUCACGGACAGGACACUGAAACGACUGGACUGGAUUCAUUCAGCGAGGAGAAGAAUACUUCAAAUUUGACUUCAUGUGCUAAAAAGGAACAACAACAACAUCACAAAAAGUCCUUUUCAACCACAAUAAUUGUUUGUGUGUUUCAUAGCUUAAGGAAAAUAAUUUGCGCAAAUGUGUUUUUAUGCUAUGACGUGUUAAAAAGAAAAAGCCACUGCAGGGUUAUCUUAUAACUCCAUAUUUCAUGCUGUUCUACAAACUUGAAUUAUUUACAGAUUACACAGAGAUGGCCCUCAGGUCUUUUCUUGUGUUAAGGAAAGGGACACUUGCUCUGAUGAUGAAAUAUUAAGGAUGUGGGGGGUCUUUCAAAUUUGCAGAGGUUAUUGCAAACUGUUUCUAAAGCAGUUCUUUUCUUCAAGGCUCACAGUUUCAUUUAGACCACGAGCAAAUUCCAGAAACAUGACGCUUGAAUGCCUGUUGUCUUCGAGUGAUGUAGGGACGCAGUCCAAACCACUGUUCUUUAGCCGGAUAUGCACAAAUGAAGUCACCGACAUUUCAAGAGAGAACCGCAGCAUUUGGUCAAUCAUAGAACAGCAAAACAAUAAGACCAUUUUAGGACAUUAGCGAUGCCUAGAAAACACGAGGGCAGGAGAAGGAUGGCCAGGGGGAAGAAUGGGGAUUCAUUUUUAUUUUCUUUCUCCCUCUGUCCUAAUAAGGACGAUCUAACAUUGGUGGAGGAUCAAGAAGUUAAAGUUAUGAAGCUGUUCCUAUCAUUCUAUCUUACAGUGGAAUUUGGUAUAAAGCUAAACAUAACAAAUAAUGAAGCUGAACUUGUGUCUCUAGGCUACACACACACACACACACACACACACAGUGUGUAGAUAUUGUUGAAUGAUUUUAAAAGGAACAGAUCUAAUAUUUCUGCAGAGGACGAUACAGCAGAUUGGGCCACGUGCUGUAUCAUAUUGACAGAAGACAUGGAAGCAAUACGUGGAUUAAUAUCAGCAUAUCAGGGUUUGAUCCCAAGCAUCGGGUUUUUAAAAAUGUUUUCCUAUUCCACUGUGGGAAUGUAAUUUUAUAUGUUUAAUGUAUAACCUCGAAGGAAUGUAAAUAUUUGUCAGCGGUUCGCCCAUAUAGGAUAUAUAAGAGAGUUACCACUUCCACCUUGCCAGGUAUUGUAAAUGUUUUGUAUGUUUUCUUGUUUUUUUUGCCACGUGUGCCUCAAAACGUUUUACACAGCCGAUGUCGGCAGUCUCGCGUUCAUCUGGAUUGUGUUCCGAAUAUUAAAUGAGCCAGUACGUGA